AUGUCUUCUCAGCCUCUUCUCCAGACCGCGCCCGGCAAGCGCAUCGCCCUGCCCACGCGCGUCGAGCCCAAGGUCUUCUUCGCCAACGAGCGCACCUUUCUCUCGUGGCUCAACUUCACCGUCGUCAUCGGCGCCCUGGCCAUUGGCAUGCUCAACUUUGGCGACCGCGUCGCCUUCAUCUCGGCCUUUCUCUUCACCGGCGUCGCCAUGCUCACCAUGAUCUACGCCCUCGUUACCUACCACUGGCGCGCCAAGUCGAUACGCGUCCGCGGUCAGGCCGGCUUCGACGACCGCUUCGGCCCCACGGUCCUAGCCAUCAUCCUGCUCCUCGCCGUCGUGGUCAACUUUGUCCUGCGCAUCAUGGACACCUCCAAGAAGCAAAAGGGAGGCCACUAA